CGGCACGCGCAUCCUCCCCGGAUCCAGAUCAGAGAGCAUCUGCAGUGGCCGAGCCGUCUCUCAGCAGCCCCGGACCCGCACCAUGAGCCCGCGUCGCGCCUGAUGGUGGUGCGUUGGUGAACCGCUCAGCAGAUCGACGUGGCAUCGCGUGCAGGAGCCCGGACUCCACCAUGAAGCUGCUCCUUGUGAUGACUUUCUUAUUCCGCCAGGCAUUUUCCGGUUCUCCGAGCGUCCAGAUCGGUGGUUUGUUUCCCAGGGGCGCGGAUCAGGAGUACAGCGCAUUCAGAGUUGGGAUGGUUCAGUUUGGGAUGGCAGAUUUCAGACUCACUCCACAUAUAGACAACCUGGAGGUGGCCAACAGCUUUGCUGUUACGAACUGCUUUUGCUCCCAGUUCUCCCGGGGCGUCUAUGCCAUUUUUGGCUUUUAUGACAAGAAGUCGGUCAACACCAUCACCUCCUUUUGUGAGACACUCCAUGUCUCCUUCAUUACGCCGUCUUUCCCGGCAGAAGGAAUGAAUCAGUUUGUUCUGCAAAUGAGGCCAGACAUCAAGGGGCCUCUAGUUGCGUUAGUGGAGUACUAUAAGUGGGAGAAGUUUGCCUACCUGUAUGACAGUGACAGAGGUCUUUCUACCCUUCAGGUGAUUCUGGAUACUGCAGCAGAGAAAGAGUGGGUCGUAACAGCAAUAAAUGUAGGAGACCUGAAAGAUGAGAGUAAAGAUGAAGCUUAUCGCUCCCUCUUUCAGGACCUGGAGAUCCGUAAAGAACGACGCAUCAUCCUGGACUGCGAACAAGAUAAAGUCAAAGAUAUUAUGGAGCAGGUGAUCACUAUAGGCAAACAUGUGAAGGGACACCACUACAUCAUCGCCAACUUAGGAUUUUUGGAUGGUGACAUCUCUAAAAUCCAGUAUGGAGGUGCAAAUGUAUCUGGAUUUCAGAUAGUUGACUUUGACAAUCCUGUGGUGGCAAAGUUUGACCAACGGUGGGAAGCUUUGGAGGAGAAGGAGUAUCCUGGAGCAGAUACACGAAUCAGAUACACCUCUGCCCUGACCUACGACGCAGUCAACGUGAUGACUGAGGCGUUUCGCUUCCUGCACAAGCAGAGAAUAGACAUGAGUCGCCGUGGCAACAGUGGGGACUGCCUAGCUAAUCCCGCAGUACCCUGGGCUCAGGGCGUUGAGAUUGAACGUGCCCUCAAGCAGGUUCAAGUUAAUGGUUUAACUGGGAACAUUCAGUUUAACCAGCAUGGGAAGCGAACCAACUACUCAGUGGCAGUCAUGGAGCUUAAGAACAGCGGACCGCUAAAGAUUGGCACUUGGAGUGAAGCGCAUAAGUUUGAGGCGGACAAGCAAGAUAUAAAUAAUGACACAACGGGAAUAGAAAACAAAACCGUCAUCGUUACAACUAUACUGGAAGCUCCGUAUGUGAUGCUAAAAAAGAACGCUGAUGAGCUUCAAGGCAAUGAUCGCUACGAAGGCUACUGUGUUGACCUGGCUGCAGAAAUUGCAAAGCACUGUGGAAUACGCUACAAGCUUCGGAUCGUAGGAGACGGUAAAUACGGAGCGAGAGAUGCUGAGACCAAGAUCUGGAACGGGAUGGUUGGAGAGUUGGUGUACGGGAAAGCAGAUAUAGCAGUUGCUCCCCUGACGAUUACUCUUGUUCGGGAAGAGGUGAUUGAUUUCUCCAAACCUUUCAUGUCCCUGGGAAUCUCAAUCAUGAUCAAAAAGCCUCAGAAGUCCAAACCCGGCGUCUUCUCCUUUCUGGAUCCACUGGCCUAUGAAAUCUGGAUGUGUAUUGUCUUCGCCUACAUCGGAGUCAGUGUUGUUCUUUUUCUGGUGUCGAGGUUCAGCCCAUAUGAGUGGACGCUUGAGGAGCCAGAGGACGGAGCUUUGCCGCUGACGACCGAAUCAACCAACGAGUUUGGGAUCUUUAACUCUCUUUGGUUCUCGCUGGGUGCAUUCAUGCGACAGGGCUGUGACAUUUCACCAAGGUCUCUUUCAGGUCGUAUAGUUGGAGGGGUGUGGUGGUUUUUCACUCUGAUCAUUAUUUCGUCAUACACGGCCAACCUGGCUGCCUUCUUGACGGUGGAGAGAAUGGUUUCUCCCAUUGAGAGUGCUGAGGAUCUCGCCAAGCAGACAGAGAUCGCUUAUGGGACGCUGGACUCCGGGUCAACCAAAGAAUUUUUCAGGCGCUCUAAAAUCGCUUUGUUUGACAAGAUGUGGCAGUACAUGAAAUCCGCAGAGCCUUCUGUGUUUGUCAAGAAGACAUCGGAGGGCGUCCAGCGUGUGAGGAAGUCCAAAGGGAAGUACGCCUACCUGCUGGAGUCCACCAUGAACGAGUACAUCGAGCAGAGGAAGCCCUGCGACACCAUGAAAGUGGGAGGAAACCUGGACUCCAAAGGCUACGGGAUUGCCACGCCCAAACAAUCCCCAUUAAGAAAUGCGGUGAACCUGGCGGUGUUAAAGUUGAACGAGCAGGGGCUGCUGGACAAACUGAAAAACAAGUGGUGGUAUGACAAGGGAGAAUGCGGCAGCGGAGGAGGGGAGAGCAAGGAAAAGACCAGCGCUCUGUCGCUUAGUAACGUGGCGGGAGUUUUCUACAUCCUGGUUGGAGGUCUGGGUCUCGCCAUGAUGGUAGCACUGGUAGAGUUCUGCUACAAGAGCCGUGCUGAAGCCAAAAAAAUGAAGAUGAAAUUCACGGAUGCAAUGCGCUCAAAAGCUCGUCUGUCUAUCACUGGGUCAACGAGUGAGAACGGCCGUGUUCCAGUGGCUUACCUUCGCCCAGGAUUACCCAUGAGCCUCAGUAUGACUGACCUCUCAUGACCUCACACAAGUCAGUGCCUUACAGCCAGUCAACACACUUUCAUCGAUCCCCGCUGUAAGGGAAGUGGACAGAAAGCGUUGCCCUCUUCGAGAAAAAGAAAAGACAUAUUACCAGUAAUGACAACGGGCAACCUGCCCCGUUUUCUAUUCUGGAUUUUAGUCAUUCAAAACUCUAGAAACUCUCAAAUCCUUUACAUCUGGUCUGUAAAAACAAGGCAGAUGUCCUUCUGAAAAGACCUGCCCACUUGUAAAGCGAAUCAAACGAAGAUCGUAGGGAGAGACGGCUGGUCCUAGACAAACCCAUGACAAACAAUCAAGCACAGAGGACAGUUUUUUAAGACAAAUAUUAUUUGUUUUGUAGAUUUUUGCCAUGGAGGCUUCUCUUGUACAGAAAACAAGGACAACAGUGAUGACGAUGUUCAUGCAAUAACAACAGUUAUCAGGGACACGAUCAGGAACUGUGGGGAUACAAGCUGGACCUUGUUUGAAAUGUGUUAAAAGUGCCAUGAACAAAAAACUGAUGUCCUGAAAUAUCAGUAUGUAUUGUGAUAGAUAAUGAUGUGAUUGUUCCGGGGGGUUUUCUUUCGAUAGCCUGUAAAUCCUUAUUUGAGAAACACACACAAACACAAAAUUUAACAGGAGUUCUUGUUGGUGAGGUUAUGAUAUUUAGUGAUGCUGUUAAAAACACCAAACUCAUGCAAAUAAGGCGGACAUCCGUUCUUUCAGCUACGUCAAUAUGAUGAGUUACAAAGUUUCUUUUCACUACAUAUUGUAGUCAAAACCUUAUUACCAGUAUUAACAUUUUUCUCUUGCUAAUGAACAGUGUUUUAUCUGAACUACUAUUUUAGCUACACUCCACUUUUAUAAAAUACUCCAAAAAAUUAACUGAUCUGAGGUUAGCCAAAGAGUCGAGCUUCCCCUGGGUGAAUUCCCAGCAAGUUCAGGGUUUUCCCCAGUUUUUUUUCCCCAGCUGGACUUUCCUAAACACCCAGUUACAAUCUUAGGAUAAACCUCAGCUACUCUAGCUGUGUUUCCAUUACAAAUCUGCGCAAAACCCAUUCGAAAUUCAACUAAUGGCAAAAAAAAUACAAUUUCACAAUUGUGGCGUUUCCAAUAAAUAAGAAAUUAAAUUAAGACCACAUGUGAAUAAGUUUGUUCAUUAAAAGUUAUGGCAGCGACGGACGUAAACGGUUACAUUACACCAGAGGCAGUUGGACGUUCAACAAUAAUCAAAUACAUUCUUUGAACCAAAGUAUGAAAAUUAAAACUGAGUAGCAAAACCUGAACUAAAAUUAAAUAUUUGACUAAUAAUAACUAAUAAA